ACAGGGCUACGGCGACGCGUACAGGGGGAGUGACGCAAGACGCGCGCGCAGGCAGGGGGAGGGCCCAGCAGCUUCUUUCCCUUUUUUUCUGUUUCUUUUUUUUUCUUUUCUUCCUUCCCCCCCCUUUUCUCCUCCUCUCUAUUUUUAUUUUGGAGGGGGGGUGUUGCUGUUUUCCCCCUUCCCCAUUUACCUUCUUUUCUUUUACCUUCCUCCCUCUCUCCCCACACGGCGACCUGCUCCUCACGAGUCUCCUUGGCCACUUCCAUCAUCAUUCCAGGCCCCAGCCAGCCAGCCUGCCUCUCUCCUCCGUCCCUCCCCACCCCCGGAGCCAGCACCGCCACUUGCUGCUACUGCCGCCUCCUCGUCUCUCUCUUCUGUGGCAGCAGCGUCUUUCGGCCCAGAGUCUCUUUAGACCCCCCCCCCGGCCCCUUAGGAGCUGCAGGCCAUUUCAAGCCUCGGUUCCUUUCCAUCCCACGCUCCCUGUGCUUAACCCCACCCCAAGCACGGCCCUCUCCCCUUGCCCCCUAACCCUCCUUCCGCCCCCUCCGUCUUCUCCUUCCCCUGCACUUGUUGCUCCAAAGAACCUCCCUCCUCUUCCUUUUCUCUCCCCCCACCCUUUUUUCCUUUCUCUUUGCCGCCUCUACCUACACUCCGUCUCUCGCGUCAAGGAAGAGGGGGGCACAGCUGGUCCCUUUGCUCGGCACAGCCUCACCUCCCUGCCCUGAAGAGGAAGGCGGCGGCACCAGCAGCGCCAGGACACGCCAGUGAGGGAAGGGGGAGGGAGACACGAGUUACCCCCUCUCCUCCCCCUCCCUCUCGCCAAGGGGCAUCAGGAGUGGCAUUUUAUCCUCACGCCAAACCUGUGAAGCUAAGGGAGAUGGUUGAACCUUGCUAUCCCACCUCUGAGGUCAACAUGCAAGCCACUGCAUCACCCUGACUGUCUAGUGAGAGAGGGGAAGAAGAUAGGUGCUGACCUUUCAUUGUAAGAGCCUAAUUCAAACAACUUGGAGGAAAUAAUUUCUCUUAGAUCAUAGCACAGGAGGAGUGUGUAUGUCAGUACAUAUGUCAGGAUAAGAAGUUGCUGAAAGAAAAAUAUCUUUUGCGGCUGAAGAAUCAUUGCGGUCUGAGUUCAUCCUCCUCUUUGAACACGGAACUGACUGCUCAAAACGCUUGAGGAAAGAACCCAAGGCAGCAUACAUGUGAAUCUUCAUAUAUGUCAGAUAAUCCCUGCCUGUAGAAAGCUAGCACAGUAGGGUGCCCAUCACUAACCCUAUACUGUGCUGAAGAUGUCUAACAGCAACACAACACAGGAAACACUGGAGAUAAUGAAAGAGUCAGAAAAGAAGGUGGUUGAAGAAUCUGUGAACAAAAACAAAUUUGUAUCCAGGUCACCAAGCAAAGAGGACGUUGAGAAGGAUGGGGAGGAGAACAGCACACGGCAAGAAUCUCAGAGACGGACAGCCAAUCAUGGGCAUGCUAGGAAAAGAGCCAAGUCGAAUUCAAAGCUGAGGCUAGUCAGGAGCCUGGCUGUAUGUGAAGAAUCCUGCAGCCCCUUUGUGGAUGUGACAUUAGAUACCCAGGAUAUCAUACAGUUGCACAUCAGUUGCCCUUCUGACAAGGAAGAUGACAAGUCUGCUAAAGAUGGUCCUGAAAAAGAAGAAAAAGAGAAAAAUAAAGAGAAGACCCCCAAGAAAAUGCUAUCUAGAGAUUCCAGCCAGGAAUACACAGACUCCACUGGAAUCGAUUUGCAUGAAUUUUUAGUGAAUACACUGAAGAAAAACCCAAGGGAUAGGAUGAUGCUGCUAAAAUUAGAACAGGAGAUUCUAGAAUUUAUUAACGAUAACAACAAUCAAUUCAAGAAGUUUCCCCAAAUGACCUCAUACCACAGAAUGCUUUUACACCGGGUUGCUGCCUAUUUUGGCAUGGACCACAACGUAGACCAAACUGGGAAAGCCGUCAUCAUCAACAAGACCAAUAACACAAGAAUCCCUGAACAGAGGUUCUCCGAGCACAUCAAAGAUGAGAAGAGCUCUGAGUUUCCACAGAGGUUUAUCCUCAAGCGAGAUGAUGCCAGCAUUGAUCGAGAUGAUAAUCAGAUCAGAAUCCCAUUGCAGGAUGGGCGGAGGAGCAAAUCCAUAGAAGAGCGAGAGGAGGAGUAUCAAAGGGUUAGGGAACGCAUAUUUGCACGAGAGUCGGGCCAGAAUGGAUUCCUGAAUGACAGCAGACUCUCCAAAGAAGGCUUUUCUUCUAGCUCUCACAAAAGGCGACAGAUCUUUAGGGGUAACCGGGAUGGACUCAGUCGCGCCUCGGGCAGCCGCCAGAGCAGCACCGAGAGUGAUAUGAAGUCACUUGAGCCCCGGCCAUGGAGCAGCACAGACUCAGAUGGCUCUGCCCGCAAUCUACGGCCUCCUGUCACCAAAGCCAGCAGUUUUAGUGGCAUUUCCAUCUUGACGCGAGGAGACAGCAUCGGCGGCAUUGGCAAAGGAAGUGGCACCAGCAGGACUGUCAGGCCAGGUCUGUCCCUAAGUACCCCAGAAGCCUGCUGCCAAGUCUCCUCUGUUCAGUCUGGCCGAGGCCUUUUGCCAUGUGCUGCUCAACAACAGCAGCAGCAGCAUCAACCACUUCCACCCACACCCCAGCAACAGCCGGCAAUGAGUAAUCACAUCAUAUCACAGCCGGUCCCAGCUCUUCAGCCCUCUCCACAGCCUGUUCAGUACUCUCCAAGCUCCUGCCCCCAAGUCCUCCUGCCAGUCUCUCAACCCCAGCAGUACAACAUGGCCGAUGAGCUGAGCAACCACUUUGGACAGAUCAGCCUCAGCCGCCAGGGUUCCACAGAAGCACCAGAUCCAUCCUCAGCCAUGUUCCAGCCGCCAAUCAUGUCCCAACAUCCUCAGCAAACAGGAUUCAUCAUGGCUUCCCCUGGGCAGCCAAUCACUGCCUCCAACUACUCUGCCUCAGGGCACACGGCAUCAGCCCAGCAGGUCCUGCAGCCCCAGAGCUAUAUGCAGCCUCCCCAGCAAGUAAGCAACAGAAUUCAGGUUUCUUACUACCCGCCUGGGCAGUACCCAAACUCUAGCCAGCAAUACCGACCUCUCUCUCACCCGGUGGCCUACAGCCCACAGCGCAGCCAACAGCUGCCUCAGCAGUCACAGCAACCUGGUUUACAGCCAAUCAUGUCCAACCAGCAACAGACAUACCAAGGUAUGAUAGGAGUGCAACAAUCACAAGGCCAGAGCCUCCUCGGCAACCAGCGUGGCAACAUGGGUGGCCAGAUGCAAAGCAUGAUGGCUGUGCAGCAGUCUCAGAGCCAAAACCUCCUCAACAGCCAGCGAGGAAAUAUGGGCAAUCAGAUGCAAGGCCUGAUGACUCAGUACACUUCACUGCCUUCAUAUCAAGUCCCAGUGGCUAAUGAGUCUCAGAGCGUGGUCCAACAGCCUUUUCAGCAGCCUGUGCUGGUACCAGCAAAUCAAUCUGUUCAAGGAGGACUGCAAGCUGGAGGGAUGCCAGUUUAUUACAGUGUUAUCCCGCCAGCCCAGCAGAAUGGCACCAGCCCUUCGGUUGGCUUCCUGCAGCCUCCUGGGGCAGAGCAGUACCAGAUGCCUCAGUCCCCUUCGCCCUGCAGCCCACCACAGAUGCAGCAGCAGUAUUCAGGGGUGUCUCCAACAGGCCCUGGUGUUGUGGUGAUGCAGCUCAGUGUGCCCAAUGGCCCCCAGCCUCCCCAGAACCCUUCAAUGGUGCAAUGGAACCACUGCAAGUACUACAGUUUGGACCAGCGAGGGCAGAAGCCUGGAGACAUCUACAGCCCAGACGCCAGUGCUCAGGCCAACAGCACCCAGCUGAACAGCCCCAUCACAUCCCCCACACAGUCCCCUACGCCUUCCCCUGUCACUAGCCUCAACAGCGUCUGCACCGGACUGAGUCCCCUCCCAGUGCUCACACAGUUCCCCCGGCCUGUGGGCCCAGCACAAGGUGAUGGCCGCUAUUCCUUGCUGGGCCAGCCACUGCAGUAUAAUCUCUCCAUUUGCCCCCCACCUCUGUUGCACAACCAGUCCAGCUAUACAGCACACCAGGGACAAACGGGGAUGAAACAUGGCAACCGAAGCAAGAAACAGGCUCUCAAGUCGGCAUCUACAGACCUCGGAACAAGUGAUGUAGCGGUGUUGGGCCGCGUACUGGAAGUCACUGACCUACCUGAGGGCAUCACCCGUACAGAAGCCGACAAGCUCUUCACCCAACUCGCCAUGUCUGGUGCCAAAAUCCAGUGGCUCAAAGAGACUCAGGGGCGUCCGGGAGGCGGCGGCGACAACAACCAUGGGACUGCAGAGAACGGCAGGCAUUCUGACCUUGCUGCCUUAUACACCAUUGUGGCCGUCUUCCCCAGCUCCCUGGCAGCCCAGAAUGCCUCCCUGCGUCUCAACAACUCGCUUAGCUGCUUCAAGUUGCGUAUGGCCAAAAAGAACUAUGACCUGCGUGUGCUGGAGCGUGCCAGCUCCCAAUAGGGGCAGGCGGAGGGGUGGCGGGGGGGGCAACAAGCACACUGGACUGGCCUCUCGGGCCCCCUUUCAGCCCCUUGACUGCCCCCCCAUCUGCCCUCCCCCACCCCACUCCUCCUUUAUUUCCACAUGCACCUCCCCUUCUUUUUUUAAUUUUCGGUGGGGGAGGGGGAAUCUUUCUGGAGAUAUUUAUAUGGACAGAAUGAAGAGAGAGACAUUGAUUUUUAUUUUAUUUUUUGCUUUCUUUUUGGGUUUCUGUUUUUUAUUUUUAUUAUUUUUUUGCGUGAAAGAACAUGUCCCACCCCUCGACCCCUCUCCGGAACACGUGUAUAUUGUUUUCGUUCAGCGUUGUGCCGCGGUACAGAGCCGUAUUUAAUUGCACAUACAAAUGUUGGCUGGGUAUGUUCACUGUACAUUUUAUUUAAUCUGGGUUUAUUAUUAUUAUUAUUAUUAUUAUUUGGUUUUUAAAUACAAAAAAAAGUCUGUCACUUUAAAGCUGCUUCAUCCCU